AUGUCGCUGAAUAAUCCACUUCAAGUAGUCAACAUUCCGUGGAGAAAUAAUAAUUUCAGCCUUAUAAAUAAAGACCCUCCUCUGUCGGAUCAAGGCGAGACCAUCAUAGGAGUAUACCUGUUGGUAUUAGGCUGGCUCUCCUGGUUUGGGAACAGCGUGGUGAUCUUCGUCCUCUACAAGCAGCGGGCCACCCUGCAGCCCAGCGACUACCUCACCUUCAAUCUGGCCAUAUCCGACGCCAGCAUCUCCGUGUUCGGUUACUCCCGCGGGAUCCUGGAGAUCUUCAACGUCUUCCGGGACAACGGGUACAUAAUCUCCUCCGUCUGGACGUGCCAGAUAGACGGCUUCUGCACCCUGCUCUUCGGAUUGGCCAGCAUCAACACCUUGACCGUCAUCAGCAUCACCCGAUACAUUAAAGGCUGUCACCCUAACAAAGCUCACUGCAUCACCAAUGGCACCGUCUCCCUCAGCGUGGCCUUCAUAUGGCUGGCGGCCGCCUUCUGGUCCGGAGCUCCGCUGCUCGGCUGGGGAAGCUUCACGGACCGUGGAUACGGGACCUGCGAAGUGGACUGGGCCAAAGCCAACUACUCCACCUUCUACAAGUCCUACAUCGUCCUCAUCCUCAUCUUCUGCUUCUUCAUCCCCGUGCUGGUCAUGCUCUUCUCCUACGUGUCAAUCAUCAACACAGUGAAGAAGGGCAAUGCCCUGUCGGCCGAGGGUGACAUUACAGACAGACAGAGGAAGAUGGAGAGGGACGUGACCGUCGUGUCCAUAGUGAUCUGCACGGCCUUCAUCCUGGCCUGGUCUCCCUACGCCGUGGUGUCCAUGUGGUCGGCCUGGGGCUUCCAGGUGCCGGGGCUGACCAGCAUCUUCACCCGCCUGUUCGCCAAGUCCGCCAGCUUCUACAACCCGCUCAUCUACUUCGGCCUGAGCUCCAAGUUCCGCAAGGACGUCGGCGUCCUGCUCCCCUGCGCCCGGGAGGGCAAGGACACCGUCAAGCUCAAGCGCUUCAAGCCCAAGGCCGAGGGAGCGCCGCCCCCCUCCCCCGGCGACGGCCCGCCCCCGCCCCCGCCCCUCGACCAGAAGGCCCACAAGUACCACGCCGGGGAGCCCGCCAAGCUGUCCCCCAGCCCGGAUUCGGGGGUGGGGAGUCCCGCUAGCAGCCCUCCUCCCAAGAACAAGGAGGUUUUCAUCAUCCCCAUGCCCACCCCUUCUGAAGGACCAGAGUAUGAAAGUGACAGACUCUAAGGACAGACCCCCUCUGUCUUCAGACAGUCCCUCCAAGUAUGGAGCAGGCCUGGGUCAGUCACAAACGCCAUUUUGAAAUAGUUUUUCUCUGCAGAUACUGGCUGAAUUGAACAUCCGUGCUGCAGAGGAUUUUUCCAGUGGAACAUUACAUUGCUGACCAUAACUACAAUAGUAUGAAAGACGUUUUUUUUUUCUGGAAUAUUUUUGAAAGUACAUGCUUUCUAAAAAUUACCAGAAAUCUGCAGGACCGUUACCUGGUAGUCAAAAGGCCAAGGGUUAAAGUAUUUCAAAUAAUUGUGUGACCCAGGUCUAGUAUGGAAUACUACUUGAAUGAAAUGGCAACUUGAAUUUUUAGGAAGGUAGGAUAUGUUAGCAUCUAACUCGAUUGACUGAACAGAUGCAGCCCCCCAGCCCCCACCCCUUCUAAGGAGCAUCUACUGGACUGAUACUUCAAUUUGUCACACCCCAAAUUAGUAACCCCUCUUCUUUUUCAUCAGUAUUAUGUCAGGUACAGUAUUGCUCCUUUUCUGUGUGCGAUGAAUUUGGUGUUUAUUUGUUUUUCUGCUUUAUC